AUGUUCGACAACUCUCAGAAUCUUAUCUUCAACGGGGGAGCCUUUUGGAACGUCAACGGCAGCGUUUGGCAGCACCAAGAAAGUCCCAGCUCGAAAGGCUUCGAGCUCCUUCGUCAGCAGAUAGCGCCAGGCGCCUUGCAUGACUCAGAGGAGAGAUACGACCCCCCGAAAUGCCACCCGCUCACUCGACAGGCCGUCCUCGACAAGCUGAUCGCAUGGAUUGAGGAUAUUGACAACGACAAGUUCGAGUCAUUUUGGCUAUACGGAUCGGCAGGGGUCGGAAAGUCAGCCGUCUUGCAGACGAUUGCAGAAUUUUUCUACGCGAAGGGCCGUCUCCUCGCCAGCUUCUUCUUCUCGAGGAAUUCCGCGACGAGGAACAACCGAUAUCACCUAAUCCCGACGCUUGCAUAUCAAAUCGCACUUUGUUCGCCCCAGCUGAAGGAACAUGUUGGCAACACCGUCCACAAAGAUCCCACCAUCUUCGAUCGUUCUCCCGAAGCUCAGCUGUGGGCGUUGGUGGUCGGACCCCUUCUAGAGGCUCGCAACCAACAAAUCAAUGUUCCAAUGUUGAUCAUCAUCGACGGCCUCGACGAGUGUCAUACCCCUGACGACCAGGUCAGUAUCCUCCGGGCAUUCACAAACACGCUGAAGGAGGAGUCCCUCGGCGUAAAACUCCUCAUUGCGAGUCGCCCAGAGCGGCUUAUUCGCGCUGCGUUUGAUAACGGCACUCUUCAGGAAAGGACACGCCGCCUGUCGUUGGACCACAAGUCAUUGCGCGCAUGGGAGGACAUCGAAGUCUUUGUCCGGCAUAAAUUUCUCGAAAUCAAAUCGACACACCCUCUGCGUCGCUAUAUUCCGCCGGAAUGGCCGUCGAAGGAAAAUAUCAACCUCAUCCUCAGCAAGGCUUCCAACACCUUUAUAUUACCAUCCGUCGUCAUGCGCUAUGUUGAAUCCACUCGCCAUCUGCCCGUGGAACGACUCAAGAUCAUCUGUGAGACAUCGAGGCAGGUAGACGAAAGACCCUAUGCAGAGCUGGACGCUCUGUACACCACGAUUCUGUCUGGUAUUGAACACAUCAAACCUAUUGUUGAGGUCCUUGGGAUGCUAAGUUUGCGCUCGCUAUCCAGGUCAUACAACUUGUUCCUUCGUCCAACUCUAUCCUUUUUCGCCAACUUCUUUCGGUAUCCAAUUGAGGAAUUGAGGUCCUCUCUCAUGGAUUUGAACUCCCUAAUUGACCUUGAAAUUGGGGAUGACGCCGAUAUCACAAUCUUCCAUGCCUCAUUCACGGAUUUCCUUACGGACAGGGGGCGCUCAAAGGAAUAUUUCCUUGAUGCCGGUUUGGUUCAUAGCCGUCUUGCCGUAUCCUGUAUCUCCCAUUGCGAUCUCAUUUUUCAGUUAGACCCAAAAAAUGAGCCAAGCAUUAUGAAGCAUGUUCGUCUCUACGUCUCCGACAACUUAACGUGGCACCUGAGGGAGGCUUCUCCCUCUCAAGCACUCUCAAACGCACUACUGAGCUUUGAUGCUACGUCAGUGCUUGCCUUCGACGGGUGGGAGACCACAGACAAAUUGUUUUUAUGUUCCUCAAUUGUUCACGCUAUUCGAGCCUCGCAUUUGCCAGAUGCAGACAGCUUAUAUGCACAGAAUGCGCAAUUCCUCGACGACUAUCUAAAGGGAAGGCACGAUUCGGACAUGCGACUAAGGGAUCUGGCUACGUUCACACUGUGGAACUUUAUGAGAGGAUAUGAUGGCAUCCCGAAUGGGGUCAGAAGGAAUACCUGCAUGUGGCGUCCAGUUCUACGUGAAUUGGGCGGUGCCGACAUGAACCCUCACACCCUGCACUUUAUGGCCCUCUCCGAUGCCUCUGACAUAAGGCCUCACCUAAGUCAACUGCUUUUCAAGCCUGGACAACCACUGGCAGGCGAGGUUCAUCCCGAUGGUUACCGGAUCUCGUUCUCAGAAUGGGACACGACGAGUUGA